UUUGGGCUGCCAUUCGAAAGAAGAGACAUCCAAGAACAGAAACAACCAAAAGAUCACCAUGCUGAAGGAAUUUUGUUUUCUGUUAAUGGCCACAUACGUGGUGGCAACCUAUGGCACAGGUUACCCCUCACAACCAAGCUAUCCAGCCCCGACCUACCCCAACAGUGGAUAUCGUUAUGUCGUCUACGUCCAAUACCUCUACUACUUGUACGCUGUGUACGGUCCCAACUCUGUCCAAUACAUUCAGUAUUACCAAUACUUGAUCAGAUUGCACAUCAUUCCUCAAGGAUUCUCUUUUGGAUCUGGCGGAUUCCCAGGUGGUAUUGGUGGAGGUAGAAUUAUAGGGGGUGGUAGCGGCAUAACCCCGAUCGGAGGAGGAUAUAUCCCAGGUGGUGGUUUCCCAGGAAGCAGCGGAGGAUUUCCCGGCGGUAGAGGAGGAAGCUCUCUGAGUUUAUCAAGUGGAUCUGGAUUUUUCUCUGGAUCCGGAGGCGGUUUCCCAAGUGGCGGAUUUCCUAGCGGUGGAUUCCCAGGCGGACUCUCCUCCGGCGGAUUCCCCGGUUCCGGAAGCGGUUUCCCAAGUGGCGGAUUUCCUAGCGGUGGAUUCCCAGGCGGACUCUCCUCCGGCGGAUUCCCCGGUUCCGGAAGCAGUUUCCCAAGUGGCGGAUUUCCUAGCGGUGGAUUCCCAGGCGGACUUUCCUCCGGCGGAUUCCCCGGUGGAUCUUUCCCCGGAUCUGGAAGUGGUGGAUUCCCAGGCGGACUCUCCUCUAGCAGUUUUUCUAGCGGUAGUUCCUUCCUGAGCAGCGGCAGUUUAGGUGGUGGUCCCGGCGGUAUCGGAGGUGGUCCUGGAGGAAUCGGUGGAGGAAUUGGAGGAGGAAUAGGAGGAGGAAUUGGUGGAGGAAUAGGAGGAGGAAUUGGAGGAGGAAUAGGAGGAGGAAUUAGAGGCAGAAAGAAGCUUGGUUAUUACUGAACUGCUCCUAUAUUGACUGGGAUGAAUGUAAAGACACUGAAUUAAUAUUUCAUGUAUAGGCUUACUUUUCAAAUUGUGGAAUAAAAAAGAAUGACGCCCAAA